AUGGCCAAGGGUGGGAAAGUCACCAAGGGCAAGAAGAUCACCUUCAAUAUGGCCAAGAAUUGCAUCAAAAUCACAUUUGAUGGGAGAAAACGUCUUGACUUGAGCAAGAUGGGAAUUACCACCUUUCCCAUGUGUAUUCUGCGACUCAAUGAUGUGGAUGAGCUCGAUCUUAGCCGGAAUAUGAUCAGGAAGAUCCCUGACUCAAUCGCUAAGUUCCAGAACCUGCGAUGGCUGGACCUGCACAGCAACUACAUUGACAGGCUCCCUGAGUCCAUCGGCCAGAUGACCACACUGCUCUACCUCAAUGUCAGUAACAACAGGCUGACCACCAAUGGACUGCCCGUGGAGCUGAACCAGCUCAGGAAUAUACGCACCAUGAAUUUAGGCUUGAACCACCUGGACAGUGUGCCCACCACCCUGGGAGCCCUGAAGGAGCUGCAUGAAGUGGGUCUCCAUGACAACCUGCUGAACACCAUCCCCACCAGCAUCUCUAAGCUCCCCAAGCUGAAAAAGCUCAACACCAAGAGGAACCCCUUUCCAAAGGCAGAGGAAUCAGACACGUUCAUAGAUUCUAUCAAGAGGCUGGACAACUUAUAUCUGGUGGAGGAAAAGGAUCUGUGUGCGGCUUGCCUAAGAAAAUGCCAGCUCACCCGGGAGAGGCUGACCACGAUCAAGAGCACAGCCAUGGUGACGCCAAGAAAGGCCAUAUUUUCCAGUUUGGUUUCACCCAACUCCAUAGCCAAGGAAUCCCAGGAAGAAUAG